AUGGCAGCUGGCUUCUUCCAGAGCAGCAAUCCAAGAGAGACUGACAGAGCACUUGUAGGAAUGAAGCCACAGUUUUUUUAUAACCUCAUAUUGAGAGUGACAUCCUACUUCAUCCACCGUAUUCUAUUCAUUAGAAGCAAGUCAGUAAGUCAAGCCUACACUCAAGAGAAGCGAUUGGGCGAAGACAUUGAAUACCAGAAAGCAGAAUCAUCAGGGACCAUCAUCAUAGGGGCUGCCUACCACACUGAGGCCUGCAAAGUUUCUGCUGAGAAAUCUGCUGUAACCGUAGAGGGUUUUCUCUCUUUAGGCUGGGAGCAGGAGAAUGCCCUGGUCAGGGAGCGAAGGAGUGCUGCAGCUGCCUUCACUCUCGGGGGUUCAGCAAGUCAGGGGAUAGUGCCACGUCACCGGCGCCUGACUGUCUUAGCAAGGCAGCCUGAGAGUACCGCUGCAUCAACAGACCUGACCCAACCAAAUCCAUUUAAAAAUAAAGAUAAAAGAAAUGGAGAGAAGAGUGCAUGUGUGAAUUUUCCACAAGAAAAGAGAGAGGAGGCAAGGAAGCAAACAGGCCAGAGAGCAUCUGGUAUCAGCAAUAAGGUGAUACCACGAGCUCCCCAGAUCGGCCAGAAGUGGGGUGUCAAAACCAAAGGCCGUGUCCAGCUGGCCAUUGGUGUUAAACAAAUAGCAAUGUGCAAGCAAGAAGAAAAACUGAAUUUGGUUCUCUCUUUAGGAGCAGAUGUCCUGCCAGAAUAUAAACUCCAGACACCACGUAUCAACAAGUUUACAAUACUGCACUACAGCCCCUUCAAGGCAGUCUGGGACUGGCUUAUUCUGCUGUUGGUCAUAUAUACUGCUAUAUUCACGCCCUACUCUGCAGCCUUUCUCCUCAAUGACAGAGAAGAACAGAAAAGACGAGAAUGCGGCUACUCUUGUAGCCCUUUGAAUGUGGUGGACUUGAUUGUGGAUAUUAUGUUCAUCAUAGAUAUUCUAAUAAACUUCAGAACCACAUAUGUAAAUCAGAAUGAAGAAGUGGUAAGUGACCCGGCCAAAAUAGCAAUACAUUACUUCAAAGGCUGGUUCCUGAUCGACAUGGUGGCAGCAAUUCCUUUUGACUUGCUGAUUUUUGGAUCUGGUUCUGAUGAGACAACAACAUUAAUUGGUCUUUUGAAGACAGCUCGACUCCUUCGUCUGGUGAGAGUGGCCCGGAAGCUUGAUCGCUAUUCAGAAUAUGGCGCUGCUGUUCUAAUGCUCUUAAUGUGCAUAUUUGCCUUGAUUGCUCACUGGCUGGCUUGCAUUUGGUAUGCAAUUGGGAAUGUAGAAAGGCCCUACUUGACAGACAAAAUCGGAUGGUUGGAUUCCUUAGGACAACAAAUUGGGAAACGUUACAAUGACAGUGACUCAAGUUCUGGACCAUCCAUUAAAGACAAAUACGUCACAGCACUUUAUUUUACCUUCAGCAGCUUAACCAGUGUAGGAUUCGGGAAUGUGUCUCCUAACACCAAUUCGGAGAAAAUCUUUUCAAUCUGUGUCAUGUUGAUUGGCUCACUAAUGUAUGCAAGCAUUUUUGGAAAUGUAUCUGCAAUUAUCCAAAGACUAUACUCGGGAACUGCCAGGUACCACAUGCAGAUGCUUCGAGUAAAAGAGUUCAUUCGCUUUCACCAAAUCCCCAACCCUCUGAGGCAGCGGCUUGAAGAAUAUUUCCAGCAUGCAUGGACAUACACCAAUGGCAUUGACAUGAACAUGGUCCUAAAGGGUUUCCCAGAAUGUUUACAAGCUGAUAUUUGUCUACACCUCAACCAGACUUUGCUGCAAAACUGCAAAGCCUUUCGGGGGGCAAGUAAAGGUUGCCUUAGAGCUUUGGCAAUGAAGUUCAAGACCACCCAUGCACCUCCAGGAGACACCCUGGUUCACUGUGGGGAUGUUCUCACUGCACUUUAUUUCUUAUCCAGAGGCUCCAUCGAAAUCCUCAAAGAUGACAUUGUGGUAGCUAUUCUGGGGAAAAACGAUAUAUUUGGAGAAAUGGUUCAUCUUUAUGCCAAACCUGGAAAGUCUAAUGCAGAUGUAAGAGCUCUCACGUACUGUGACUUGCAUAAGAUCCAGAGAGAAGACUUGUUAGAGGUUUUGGAUAUGUAUCCCGAGUUUUCCGACCACUUUCUCACAAACUUAGAGUUGACUUUUAACCUAAGGCAUGAGAGUGCAAAGGCUGAUCUCUUACUACGAUCACAGUCUGUGAAUGAUUCUGAAGGAGACAACUGUAAGCUACGAAGAAGGAAAUUUUCAUUUGAUAGUGAAGGAGACAAAGAUUUUGGCAAAGGGAACAGUACAAAUGGUCCCGAAGACUCUGUAGAUACCAUAAGACAUUAUCAGAGUUCCAAGAAACACUUUGAAGAGAAAAAAAGCAGAUCUUCAUCUUUCAUCUCAUCCAUUGAUGAUGAACAAAAGCCUCUCUUCUCAGGAAUAGUAGAUUCUCCUCCAGGAAUAGGGAAAGCAGCUGGACUCCAUUUUGAAGAAACAGUCCCAACCUCAGGAAGAAUUCACAUAGAUAAAAGAAGUCACUCUUGCAAAGAUAUCGCUGACACCAGAAGCUGGGAGCAAGAAAACGCGCAGACUCAGGCUGAUGAGUCUAGCCCCUCAGCACUUCAGCGAGCUGCCUGGGGGAUCUCUUGAAACCGAAAGUGACCUCACUUAUGGGGAAGUGGAGCAAAGAUUAGAUUUGCUUCAAGAACAACUUAACAGACUUGAAUCCCAAAUGACUGCUGACAUCCAGACCAUCUUACAGUUGCUGCAGAAACAAACCACUGUGG